AUCUUCACUUCAGGGACAGUUAGAUAUCUACAGAGUAAGCCCUGGACUAAGCAUACUACAUGUGAAAGGGUUAAGAGAUUACUUGUAACAGUUAGCAUAGACUCGGUUUGUAGGCAAUAUCAGUCGACGGAUCGAACUCAUCGUCAGAGCUGGAGCUGGAGUUGGACACGGCAGCGAAUGCUAGUUUUGGUCCCAGCUUUGCUGGUCCUGCAACAGUUCUACUAAUACAUCAUCGUCAGAGCUGGCGCUGGAGCUGGAGCUAGAGCUGGAGCUGGAGCUGGGCACGACAGCUAAUGCUUGUUUUGGUCCCAGCUUUGCUGGUGCCGCAACAGUUCUACUAAUAUGAAUCAUGCCGUGGUGUUUUGUCAGCUUUUUGGGAUGCUGAUCAGAGUGAUCACUUGCACCGAAGCUGGAGCACUUCCUCUUCAGCACCCCGGUCCCAUCUUCAGCAGCUGUUUUUCCUGAGUGACCAGCUCCCGCAGGUGGCUGCUUAGAAGUUGUUUCCUUUGGAGCCUUUGAAGGAGUAGGUUCAUCAU